CUCCGUGGGCCUGCCCCUCUGUGUGCCAUGAGGAACGCGCCUCGCUCCGGAGGAGACUCAGGCCGCGCCCGGGGCGGGACGGGGGCGCGCUCAGCCCCGCGCAGCACGGACACGGGCCGCGCCGACCAAUGGGGAGGCGAAGCCCCCGCGGGGCGGGCGGGGAGCGCGGGCGCCGGAGCCGCGCGGCGACAUCCGGCGCGGCCACGCGAGGGGGGUCAGUCCGACCUGCGAGACUGCCUUGUGUCGCUUCCAUUUUCCUUUUGAAUUCCUGCUUUGCAGACAGCAAUGGCAGCCCGAGUACUAGUAAUUGGCAAUGGAGGAAGGGAACAUACGCUGGCCUGGAAACUUGCACAGUCUAGUCAUGUCAAACAAGUGUUGGUUGCUCCAGGAAAUGCAGGCACUGCCUGCUCUGAAAAGAUAUCAAAUACUGCCGUCUCCAUGAGUGAUCACGCUGCCCUUGCUCAGUUCUGCAAAGAUGAGAAAAUUGAAUUCGUAGUUGUUGGACCAGAGGCACCUCUGGCUGCAGGAAUUGUUGGGAACCUGACGUCUGCAGGAGUGCGAUGCUUUGGUCCCACAGCAGAAGCAGCUCAGUUAGAGUCGAGCAAAAGAUUUGCCAAAGAAUUUAUGGACCGACAUGGAAUCCCAACUGCACAGUGGAGAGCUUUCACCAAACCUGAAGAGGCCUGCAGCUUCAUCAUGAGUGCAGACUUCCCUGCUUUGGUUGUGAAGGCCAGUGGGCUUGCCGCCGGGAAAGGAGUGAUUGUUGCAGGGAGCAAAGAAGAGGCCUGCAGAGCUGUCCAGGAAAUCAUGCAGGAUAAAGCUUUUGGAGCAGCUGGAGAAACAAUUGUCGUUGAAGAACUUCUUGAGGGAGAAGAGGUGUCUUGUCUGUGCUUCACUGAUGGAAGGACUGUGGCCCCCAUGCCGCCAGCACAGGACCAUAAGCGACUGCUCGAGGGAGAUUGCGGCCCCAACACAGGGGGAAUGGGAGCCUACUGCCCAGCACCUCAGGUUUCUAAGGAUUUGUUGCUAAAAAUUAAAAACAUCAUUCUUCAGAAGACGGUGGAAGGCAUGCAGCAGGAGGGUAUGCCAUACACAGGUGUUCUCUAUGCUGGUAUAAUGCUAACCAAGGAUGGCCCAAAAGUUCUGGAGUUUAAUUGCCGCUUUGGUGAUCCAGAGUGCCAAGUGAUCCUCCCACUUCUUAAAAGUGACCUUUAUGAAGUGAUUCAGUCUACCUUAGACGGCCUGCUCUGCACAUCUCCUCCUGUUUGGCUUGAAAACCACACCGCCGUAACUGUUGUCAUGGCAAGUAAAGGUUAUCCAGGAGACUAUACCAAGGGUGUGGAGAUAACAGGGUUUCCUGAGGCUCAAGCUUUAGGACUGCAGGUGUUCCAAGCAGGCACUGCCCUGAAAGACGGCAGAGUGGUGACUAACGGGGGUAGAGUCCUUUCCGUAACAGCCAUCCGGGAAAAUCUCAUCUCGGCCCUUGAAGAAGCCAAGAAAGGACUAGCUGCUAUCAAGUUUGAGGGAGCCAUUUACAGGAAGGACAUCGGCUUCCGUGCCAUAGCUUUCCUCCAGCAGCCCAGGGGCCUGACUUACAAGGAAUCUGGGGUAGACAUUGCAGCUGGAAAUAUGCUGGUCCAGAAAAUCAAACCUUUAGCAAAAGCCACCUCCAGACCAGGCUGUGACGUUGAUCUUGGAGGUUUUGCUGGUCUUUUUGAUUUGAAAGCAGCCGGUUUCAAAGAUCCUCUUCUGGCCUGUGGAACAGAUGGCGUUGGAACUAAACUGAAGAUCGCCCAGCAGUGCAAUAAACACGACACCAUUGGUCAGGAUUUGGUCGCCAUGUGUGUAAAUGAUAUUCUGGCACAAGGAGCAGAGCCUCUCUUCUUCCUCGAUUACUUUUCCUGUGGAAAACUUGACCUCCACAUGACCGAAGCUGUUGUUGCUGGAAUCGCAGAAGCUUGUGGAAAAGCUGGAUGUGCUCUCCUUGGAGGUGAAACAGCAGAAAUGCCUGACAUGUAUCCUCCUGGAGAGUACGACCUAGCCGGUUUUGCCGUCGGCGCCAUGGAGCGGGAUCAGAAACUCCCUCACCUGGAAAGAAUCGCUGAAGGGGAUGUUGUUAUCGGAAUAGCUUCAUCUGGUCUUCAUAGCAAUGGAUUUAGCCUCGUGAGGAAAAUUGUAGCGAAAUCUUCCCUCCAGUACUCCUCUCCAGCACCUGAUGGCUGUGGGGAGCAGACCUUAGGAGACUUACUUCUAACUCCAACCAGAAUCUACAGCCAUUCACUGUUACCUGUCCUACGUUCAGGACACGUCAAGGCUUUUGCCCAUAUUACUGGUGGAGGAUUGCUAGAAAACAUCCCCAGAGUCCUCCCUCAGAAAUUUGGGGUGGAUUUAGAUGCCCAGACCUGGAGGAUCCCCAGGAUCUUCUCGUGGUUACAGCAGGAAGGACACCUCUCUGAAGAAGAGAUGGCCAGAACAUUUAACUGUGGGAUUGGCGCUGCCCUUAUAGUAUCAAAGGAUGUGACAAAGCAGGUUCUGAGGGAUAUUCAGCAGCACAAGGAAGAGGCCUGGGUGAUUGGCAGCGUAGUUGCGUGUUCUGAAGGUUCUCCUCGUGUGAAAGUCAAGCAUCUGAUUGAAACCAUGCAAAUAAAUGGAUCGAUGUUGGCAAAUGGUGCCCUGAAAAAUCAUUUCUCUGUCCAACCAAAAAAGGCAAGAGUGGCUGUCUUAAUAUCUGGAACAGGAUCAAACCUCCAAGCUCUCAUAGACAGUACUCGAGAGCCAAGUAGCUCUGCACACAUUGUUGUUGUUAUCUCCAACAAAGCUGCAGUGGCUGGAUUAGAUAAAGCGGAAAGAGCUGGAAUUCCCACGAGAGUAAUUAAUCAUAAAUUAUACAAAAGUCGUGUAGAAUUUGACACUGCAAUUGACCAAGUCCUUGAAGAGUUCUCCACCAGCCUAGUCUGUCUUGCAGGAUUCAUGAGAAUUUUAUCUGGCCCCUUUGUCCGAAAGUGGAAUGGGAAAAUGCUCAACAUACACCCAUCCUUGCUCCCCUCUUUUAAGGGUUCAAAUGCCCAUGAGCAAGUCCUGGACGCUGGAGUCACAGUCACUGGGUGCACCGUGCACUUUGUAGCUGAAGAUGUAGAUGCUGGACAAAUUAUUUUACAAGAAGCUGUUCCAGUGAAGAGGGGUGACACUGUUGCAACUCUGUCUGAAAGAGUGAAAUUGGCAGAACAUAAAAUAUUUCCCGCAGCCCUCCAGCUGGUGGCCAGUGGAACCAUACAACUUGGGGAAAAUGGCAAGAUCUGUUGGGUCAAAGAGGAAUGAACCUCCUAAUUCAGGAAUGGAGUCAAUUUUGAAAGAAGUCUGGCUGUUUGCAUGGUGGCUUUUUGUUAUGGACCUGGCCCCAAAGAAAAACUGAUAGAAAAGAGGACCUCACCCUUACCUCUUUGGCCAUUUUUUAAUGAACAGAGAUUCAUUAAAAACAACUGGUACAGCAUAUCUAAGA